ACCUCAAGUCUCAAAAGUCCUAGCUUAUAUCAAGUUUCAACCCCACUACUUCUCCUUUUCCACUUCUGAAAUAACUGCCUCAUGAAGAUCGAAUUCAACUGUCUUCAGGAGUAGCAGUAGUUCAGUUCAUCCUAAUCAUGAUCAUAUAUUAGCUCCUGUCUAAACUCUUGUCCGUUCUUUAUUCGGCUUUCGGCAGCUGGCAGAUUAAUAAGCCAUCUUCUUCGUAUCCACCCUCAGCCCUUUUGUACUUCAAAUUCACCCACUAUUAAUUAGUUGUAAUCGGUCUCAGCUGCUUCUUCAUCUUUUCUAACCGGCAUCAACCAAAACAGGCUUAUUUGGACGUCUAAUCAAACAUGUUUGAUAUUCUUUUCGGAUGGAGAAAAGCCUCUAAGUGCAAGAAAUUGAUCAGAAGGGUUCAGUGCCGUCUCAAAAUUCUCAAGAACAAGCAAAGUACUAUUGUGAGGCAGUCGAGGGAGGAUUUGGCUGAGCUUCUCAAACAUGGCCAUGCCCAAACUGCCUUUGAUAGGGUAGAGCAGCUGUUCAAAGAUGAAUGUAAGGUGGCAGCGUAUGAUCUGCUGGACCAAUUCUGUGAAUUUAUUAUCCUUAACUUAUCUUACAUCCGGAGAAACAGGGACUGUCCUAAUGAUAUCAAUGAAGCAGUGUCAAGUCUUAUAUUUGCAUCAGCAAGAGUAAGAUCUGGCGAUCUACCAGAGCUUCUAUCGAUCAGGAAGCUUUUUGGAGAAUGGUAUGGUCAGAGAUUGGCAACUUCUGCCCUUGAAUUACUUCCUGGAAAUCUUGUGAAUCGUCAGAUCGCAGAGAAAUUAAGCAUAAAAUCAGUACCAGAUGAUGUGAAGAGCAGCCUGGUGAAAGACAUAUUAGGAAGUUCCCUUCAGUCAGGUCCUUUGUUGCUCGAGUACAGUUCUGAAAAGCAACAGAAAUUGGCGAAUGAAAGCAGUGGUGAUCCAUUUCCCAGUGCUGAAACCAUCCGUGAGCAAAAUGAAGGACACAAUUUACAGAUGUCUAAUGCAACAGAGGAAGGGAAGAUUGUAUAUGUCGAUUUCUCAUCAGUAAAAAAAUCUAUAAAGGACCUAUCUCCCUCUUUGGUGAGCUCUAUGACUACGUUCCCUUCCACCUAUUCUGUAGUAUUGCAGCAGACUCUGCUAAAAACAGUGGAUUCCACUGUCCAUAAGAAAGACCUGAGACUAGUCAGUUCAGCAAGGAAAAUUUGCCCGUGUGCAUUUGAAAUGUCUAGUUUUCAACAGUUGGAAGGGGCAAUAGUGGUCCAUGAUUCUGCUGUGGGACAAGAGGAGCGGAGUGCAGUAGUAGAAUCUUCUUCUGUAGGACAAUUGCCCAAGGAGAUGAUAUAUCUUGAUGACAUUCAGGAAAUCCAGUCACCUUUGAGCAAAGAGGGCAACUUACAGGAUCAAAGACUGUUCAAGUUCAAACAAUCUGCUCUCCCCGUUACAGGAAUUACACAGAAUCCAGAUGAUGAAGCUCCGGAUCAAGAGCAAUAUGAUUCUGACAAUGAGAGAGCAGCAUCAAGAAGCUUCAGACAGAGCAGGAACAUGGGUUCUGGUAAAAGACAGAGGAGGAGGUCAGUUUCAGGAGAUGCUACCAGCAUGAAUGACAUUGAAUGUGCAAUCUACUACGGUGAAUCAUACGGCCGUUCGCCAAAUUAUUACCAGAAAUCCCGUGAUAAGAAAAAGGAUCAGAAGAAGGUUCCAAUUAAGCGGCAGCAAAAAGUAUACCAGGCACAAGAAAUCCCAAUGCAUUCACCCUUCAUCAAAGUCAAAAGUGGCUUCAAUUUCAUAGAGUCCAACGAUGAUCAUACCAAAUCAGACAGCAGAUGCAGCUCCGACAACAAAAUGCUCAACAACUGCAGCUUGCAACAUCCAUGUUAUUUCCGCACAUGUGACGACGAAGAUGACUGGAAUUGUUCACCACAGAAGCCAAAGAUUCAGUACGUGCUCUGCCAUUGUCACUGCUCUUGCAGUAAAAAUCCGAAAAUCAAAGAGGCCGAAAAAGGGAUGCUUCUAAAUCAGCCAACAAUCAAAUCUGAAGAUGCAACAAGUCCUCCUUUUGUCAUUUCCACCAGCUCAGGAGCAAAUAGUCCUUUUACAAGCAAAGAAGGGAAGCCCUCUUACUCGAGAGCAAUGACUAUGCCCCCUGAAAGGCCUAAAGAUGCAGGCAUUGACAGCAUGCUCCGAUCAAAUUCAUUCCCAUUUGAACACCCUGAGUCCUCUUCAAACCGGCAUGUUCAUCCAAAGCUUCCGGAUUAUGACGAAUUAGCAGCUAAAUUUAUGGCACUCAAGAAAGCCUAUUUGCAGAAGUGAGAAGUACGGUACAUAUUGGAGAGAGCCAUAAUAACAGAUGUAUAUAAUAUGUCAAGAUUGGACAAGAUUUUGCAUUCAAAUUUCAUCAAUUCUUUACGUUGGUUGAUGUUAAAUGUUCUAUUAGAGCAAGCCAUUGAGACAUUUUUCUCGAACGGAUUGUAACAAAGAGCUGUCUGUGCAAAAUUUUGUCUUGUUUUUUUA